CAGGCUGAUAAACUCCUCCGUUGAUCAGCAGACACAGUUGGUAGAGUCGCACCAUGGAGGUCAAACUGUUGGUUUGUGGCGUCGUGCUCGUGGUCUUAGCGGUUACAGGAAGCAACGCGCAGUCAGAUGUUUGUGGCACUGCGCCGCUCAACACCAGGAUUGCAGGAAGGGCGGAUGCUCCUGCAGGGUCGUGGCCCUGGCAGGUCAGUCUGCAGAGCAACGGAUUUCAUUUCUGUGGAGGCUCCCUGAUCAACAACCAGUGGAUCCUGACUGCUGCGCACUGCUUCCCCAGGAUGAACUACACCUCUCAUCUUGCACAACUCAAUCUCACCGUUCACUUCGGUCUUGACGCCCUAAACCUGUCAAAUACAAACUCGAUGUCCCGGACUGUGUCCCAGAUCAUCAAGCAUCCCAACUAUAACACCACCACGAACGAUAACGACAUAGCCUUGCUGCAGCUGUCCUCACCUGUUAACUUCACCGACUACAUCAGACCCGUGUGUCUGGCGGUGAACGGCAGCGUCUUUUACGCUGGGACGACCUGCUGGGUCACCGGAUGGGGAGCCAUCGAAGCUAACAUUUCACUUCCUUCCCCAAAGAGGCUGCAGGAGGUGAGCGUUCCCAUCGUCUCCAACAGUGAUUGUACCGCUUCCUACGGUACAAUCACAAACAACAUGAUCUGUGCCGGUGUGACCCAGGGAGGAAAUGGCUCCUGCCAGGGGGAUUCAGGCGGCCCGUUGGUGAAAAAUAGCGGCUCUGUCUGGGUCCAGGCUGGAGUGAUGAGUUUUGAAAAAGGCUGUGCCCUGCCUAAUGUCCCACAAGGCUUCACCCGAGUGUCUCAAUAUCAGUCCUGGAUCAAAAACCAGAUCACCACCAACCAGCCGGGCUUCGUCCUCUUUGGAACCGCUCACCUGGUUUCCUUCUCUGUUCCUCUGCUGCUGUCCAUCGUACCUGUUGACGUCUACUUGUCUGUUCUUUCAUAGAAAGUUUAGAGAUGAUUUAAUUCACCAGGUUAGAGUCAAAAUCUCUGUCUCUCUGUCUUGUGGUCGCAUAUUGUUUAACCUUUUGAGAUUCAUUUACUUAAAAUAAGCAAAAAUAGUCUUCUCCUGGAGUCAGAUAUUUCCGCCUGUUUCCAGUUAUUCUUGUGUUGAAGAAAUUUUGCAGAAAAGAGGCUGAGCAAGAACACUGCACCCUAAAGUUCAGUAAUCUUUAAAGUUAUCAUUUAUCAAUAAACAACUUAAACAUCAUCCUAGAAUUUAGUAGUUAUCAAGCAAGGCAUGUAGCACAUUUAAACAUCAUGGCUAAUGGCUAAAUAAAAAGUCUUCA